AGUUGUCGUUGUGUACCACCGGUUCGUCGGGUCACGAUAACAAAGAAAACACACCGCUAUGGAUUGACGAAGCCCGGGAAUUUGCGAAAAGUGAAGGACAUACGAAAGAUGCCAACAAUAAGUUUGUAUAAUAUUACUAACUAUCUUUUAGAAUCUCCUCCACAUAAGGAGAAAAAUUUUGAAUCUUACGGAAAAGAAACUUUACUACGCUACAAGACAUUGCGUAGUUAUCGUCUCUGGAAAGAGGAUCAUAUCAACUCAUUACAAUACAACGAUUUUAAACCUGAUUUAGCUCUCGUCCGCUGCUUAAGUUUAGCUAGCUAUGAAAAGCAAGGAACGGAAUACAGAACAUUUGUUGUCAUAACAAAGCACACCAAGAAAAUCGUAUACGGUCAUUGUCAUUGUGUGGCAGGCUUGGGGGAAGCAUGUACACAUGUAGCUGGUUUCCUUUUUGCCAUUGAGGAAUUUGUUUCAGAGGGUCUGACUGAAUUACCUGAUGACUUGAGUUGUACUGAGAAGUUGUGCAAAUGGAUAGUGCCAAAGGGUCCCAAGGAUGGCCCACAGUUAGUGCAGGACAUUCAAUUUUCUAAGAUAUAUUACGGCGGCAAAGAUAACAAACACAAAGCCCCAAUUAAAGAUCCUCGCCCUACAAAUGACAGACAAAUCAAUAGAGACUCUGCACUUCUCCUGUAUCAUAAUCUUCUUGAAGCUGAUAGCUCUGAUGCUCCUGUUGUAAAAAUCCUCCAAGCAUACUUUGAUAAUCCCUCUUUACCUCAGCUGACAAGUACCACAUCUACAUCUGAUCUUAAUAAUUAUGAAACGCCUGCAAUUGUUAUGUCAUACUACAGUCCUUCCUUAGUUCCUUGUGUGGUUACAGAAGUAAAUAGUGAAUACACUACUCUGAAUGUGAAAGACAGAGUAGAAAGAAUUUUAAGUGAUCAUCCCUCUGCCAAUGCUGAUACAAUCUGUAAUCUAUUAACUGUUGAUCAGUCCUUUAUUGACACUGUCGAAUCCUUAACCCUUGGUCAGUCUCAAAGCUUACACUGGAAGAACUACAGAUACAACACUUGUACUGCAAGCAAUUCACUGGCUAUAUGUACUAGAAUUACUUCCUUCCUUGACAAUAAAUGUAAUGACGGUGGUUCUGUUCUUCGUCUGAUUGAUGUUAGCUCAACGUUUGGCGGUAACAAUGCAACAAGGUAUGGUACAAAGCAUGAGGCCUUAGCAAGGAAAGAAUUUAUUGACAUCAUGUCUAAACAGCGUAUCAAUUUCAAGUGCUCUGAAAGUGGAUUUGUAUAUCACCCUUGUGGUUAUAUUGGUGCUAGCCCUGAUGGUAUUUGUUCUUGCGACUGCCAUAAAGAGAAGUACUUAUUGGAAAUCAAAUGUCCAUUAUCUUUAGAAAACAAAGAUCCUAAUCAGUUUGUCAAGGAUAUUGACUUUUUUAUUAAUAAUGAUAGUGUCAAUGUAGUUGUUAAACCAUCACAUAAAUAUUAUUUUCAAAUAAUUACAACUAUGGGUGUAACUAAAACAGAGCUUUGCAAAUUGGUAGUUUGGUCUCCCAAAGGUCUACUGAUUGUUGAAGUAGCUAAAGAUAGUGUCAAAUUUCAAGAAAUUUUAUCUAAAUGUAAAUUGUACUUUAAAAAUUUUAUUCUUCCAUCUUUGAAUAACUGCAUACAGUCAUGAAUACAAAAUAGUUUUGUGUAUAUA